AACGUAAGAUCGAUCAUCUGAGAAAGGGGAGGAGAGGAGCAGCAAAAUAGAGAUGGCCAGCAUACGACUAUUUCCAUCACAACACUGGCAGCCCACAAACAACAUAGGCAUUACGAAACAACCCACCAGAGCCCUUCGCACUUUUCAAUUCAACCCAACCGAUAAUAACAGCAGCAACAGCAAUCCAUCAUCAGGAAGAAACCCACUCCCCUCCUUUGCUGUAAAUCCCUCUAAAGCUCCAAAUCCAAUCUCCAAGAAUCAGAAUCAACCACCAUUAGUGGUUGUGGGCUCUGCAAAUGCAGAUAUCUAUGUUGAGAUUGACAGGCUCCCAGAGGAAGGAGAGACUAUCGCUGCCAAGACUGGCCAGACUCUUGCUGGAGGCAAAGGUGCUAAUCAGGCUGUCUGUGGUGGAAAGCUCUCCUACCCAACUUACUUUAUUGGCCAGAUUGGUGAGGAUGCUAAUGGGAGGUUGAUCACUGAGGCCUUGGAAGGUGGUGGCGUCCACCUUGAUCAUCUCACUACUGUAUCUGCUGCCCCAACUGGACAUGCAGUGGUGAUGCUCCAGCCUGAUGGGCAGAAUUCCAUUAUCAUUGUUGGGGGUGCCAACAUGUCUUGCUGGCCGGACAAGCUCUCGGAUGAAGAUUUGCAGGCUGUGAGAAAUGCUGGGGUUGUUUUACUUCAGAGGGAGAUUCCCGAUUCUGUCAAUAUUCAAGUGGCGAAGGUUGCAAGGGAUGUGGGUGUUCCAGUCAUUUUGGAUGUUGGGGGAAUGGAGGGACCAAUACCUGGGGAACUUCUAAAUUUUGUGGAUAUACUGAGCCCUAAUGAAACUGAACUGGCGCGUUUGACUGGAAUGCAGACAGAUAGUUUCGAGCAAAUAAACCAUGCUGUAGCAAAAUGUCAGGAAAUGGGAGUCAAGCAGGUCCUAGUAAAACUUGGUGAAAAAGGGUCAGCUCUAUUUGUAGAAGGAGAAGAGCCAAUAAGACAACCAAUGAUCUCAGCUUCGAGAGUUCUGGACACAACUGGUGCCGGUGAUACCUUUACUGCUGCUUUUGCAGUGGCUUUUGUGGAGGGCAGGUCAAAAAAAGAAUGCAUGAGAUUUGCUGCUGCAGCAGCUUCUCUUUGUGUUCAAGUGAAGGGGGCGAUUCCAAGCAUGCCAAGUAGGAAAGUUGUUCUAGAGCUUCUUCAAUCUCUUUGAGGAUGACACUUA